AUGAAGCUCACAAUACUCCUACCAUUGAUUCCUUUGGCUCUUGCAGUCCCAGCACCUCUGGAAAGGCGUGCAAAUCCCACCGUUAUUGCUCCUUCACCUCAAGCUACGGUUGCUGGCACCAGCAUCGCGAAUGUUGAAUCUUUCAAAGGCAUACCAUAUGCACAGCCUCCGAUUGAUCAGCUGCGACUGAAACCACCUCAGCCAUUGACUUCCUCCCUAGGAAAAGUCGAUGGCACUGGCAUUCCGAAAGCAUGCCCACAAUUCUUCUUCAGCAUAGACGAGAGGAACAUUCCAACCAACGUUCUAGGAACCAUAUUGAAUCUGCCACUCCUUCAAACCGUUACCAAUGCCGGAGAAGACUGCCUCACUGUCAAUGUUCAGCGGCCAGCUGGUACAAAGGCUGACGCCAAACUUCCCGUACUAUUCUGGAUAUUCGGUGGUGGUUUCGAACUUGGAUCUACUGCAAUGUACGACGGAGCCAGUCUUGUAGCCGAGUCGGUUGCUCAAGGCAAGCCCAUCGUCUUUGUUGCGGUAAACUACCGCGUGGGCGGGUUUGGCUUCAUGCCCGGAAAAGAGGUGUUGGAAGAUGGUUCAGCCAACCUGGGGCUUCUCGACCAAAGGCUGGGCCUACAGUGGGUCGCAGAAAACAUAGCUGCAUUUGGAGGUGAUCCCGAGAAGGUGACAAUCUGGGGUGAGAGUGCAGGUGCUAUUUCUGUACUAGAUCAGAUGAUGCUGUACGACGGCGACAAUAGCUACAAGGGGAAGCCCCUCUUCAGAGCUGGUAUCAUGAACUCGGGCUCGAUAGUGCCAGCCGAUCCCGUGGACUGCCCCAAGGGUCAGGCUAUCUACAAUAGAGUUGUCGAAGCAGCUGGAUGCGCUGGCUCCGCCGAUACUUUGGCAUGCCUCCGUACAGUUCCAUACACGAAAUUCCUCAAUGCCGCAAAUACUGUUCCUGGUAUCUUGAGCUACUUUACAGUCAAUCUUUCCUAUCUACCACGACCAGAUGGAAAAGCCCUAACAGCAUCCCCCGAUGCCCUUGUCAAGGCUGGAAAGUACGCCAAGGUGCCCUUCAUUGUUGGCGACCAAGAGGAUGAGGGUACCCUUUUUGGCCUUUUCACUUCGAAUCUUACCACCACCAGUGAGGUCACGACGUAUCUCUCAACUAUCUUCUUCAACAAUGCUUCGCCAGCGCAAGUUCAACAAUUGGUUGGCAGUUACCAAACUAUCACGGAGGACGGAUCACCUUUCCGAACUGGCCUCCUCAACAACUACUACCCGCAGUUCAAGCGCAUUUCCGCUAUCCUCGGCGACGUGACAUUCACUCUUACACGUCGCGUUUUUCUAGAAGUCGCUGCGCAAGUCAGCCCUAGUGUGCCGUCAUGGUCCUACCUUGCGACGUACGAUUAUGGCACGCCUAUCCUAGGGACAUUCCAUGGCUCGGAUAUCCUUCAAGUCUUCAAUGGUAUCUUGCCAAACAACGCCGCCAAGUCUAUCAGGGGUUACUAUUACUCCUUCAUCUACAACUUGGAUCCCAAUGAGGGAAGUGGACUGAUGAACUGGCCAAGGUGGAGUGAAAGCAAGAAGUUGGUGAACUUUGGCGCGAACAGCAACAGCUACCUGAACGAUGACUUCAGAAGUGAUACAUAUAAUUUCUUGAAGGAUAACGUAGCGAGCUUGAGGGUUUGA